UAAAAUCGGCAGUCUUUUCCGCGACCCUAAGCGACCCAACGACUGCCGACAACAGCAGUGCGUGACUGAUGUCUCGGGCGCUGGCAAUAACUGGGCUCACGGCUACUACGGAUACGGCGAGACUUAUGGAGGCUCCGUGAUGGAGAAGGUCCGAUUUGCAGUGGAGGCAUGUGAUAGCCUUCAAGCCUUCUUCUGUGUGAACUCCCUCGGUGGGGGCACCGGUAGCGGGUUGGGCUCCUACAUUCUCGAGAGGCUUGAGGACGAGUACGGGUCGAAGGCCUACCGCUUCGUGUCGGCCCUCUUCCCGACGAUAGAUGCCGAGGAUGAUGUCAUCACCUCACCGUAUAAUGCGAUAUUGUCUCUGACAAAACUCAGGGAAAACGCAAGCUGUGUUUUACCCAUAAGUAACGAUGCACUUGCUCGUAUCGUGAACACCUACAACGCCUCUGCUGCGCUGGUCAGUGGAGUCCCACAGAAGGGCGGGGGAGGGAUGUUCUCGAAGAAGCAAACUUCCUUCGACGACAUGAACUCGAUCGUGGCUAGGUGUUGGUUGGACUUAACGGCAUCGAUGAGAUUCGAAGGCUCCCUCAAUGUUGAUCUCAACGAGAUAACCUCCAACCUAGUGCCCUUCCCCAACACGCAUUUCUUGCUUCCCGCGCUGAGUCCGAUCUUCCAACGGUCGAAGGAUGUACGCCUACAACCUCGCAGUUUCGAUCAUAUGUUCUCGGACGCCUUCCUGCCCGGAUCACAGCUUGUUGGAUCCGGUGCCGGCGUGGACCCGAGAGCUUCUCUUUCCUUAGCCUCAGCCUUCCUCCUCAGAGGUGAAUGCUCUUUGAACGACGUUAACCGUAAUGUGAGCCGGAUCAAGAAGACUCUGAAUCGACCUGCUUACCUUGACGACUGCUAUAAGAUCGGUAUUUGCAACGUGUACUCGCUGUUGUCUCUGGUUAAUAGCUGUGCUAUCCGACCCGUGUUCGAGAAGAUGCACGCGAAUUUCUGGCGAUUAUAUAAACGGAAAGCACACGUUCAUCACUACACCGA